CGCCUGCCCUCAGCGGUCGGUGACAUCACUGCUCCGUCUCUGUCUGGACGUCAACAUGGGCAGCGGAGUAUCCAGGUCUGAGCGACCGGACGGAGGAGAGGCCGAGGUGACGCCUGUCUGUGUGCCUCCACCUGCAGCUACAGCGCCACCUGCAGCUCCAUCUUCUGCUGCACGUGGAGCUCUGCAGACAAAUACGGAGGAAACAGCGCCAUCUUCCUCCCACAUUAUUGAUGUUCAGUCUGUGAAGGAUGAAGAGGUGAACUCAGCAGAGAAGGAUGAGGAGGAGGAAGAGGAAAAUGAACCUGAGGAGAAAGAAGAAAAGGAGAAGACGGGAACCCAGGACGGAGCGGCAGAAAGUUCUCCAGCGUCUGACGAAGGUGAAGAAGUGUCUCUGGAUUUUGAGACUUUUCUCCAUAACGACGGGACGCUGUACAGCUGCUUCAACCAGCAGGGGGCCAGAGUCUACGUCGACAUGUCGCAGAACCUUCAGCCUUUCCCAAAGGAGUGGUACGACCAGGGGCGCUUCAUCACCUCCAGCAGUGAAGUUCCUGGUCACCUUCAGACUCUGUCCAGCGUUGAGCCCACGGUCAGGGAGGACGACCGCACGGGCAGCGUCUACAUCCAGGGCAAAGGAACCGUCAUAACCUACAUGUUUGAGGAAAGGCAGAACGUCUGCAGGUUCUGGGACCCUCAGUCUGGGGUCUGGCUGCUGUUGCCGCUGCAGUGGGAGAUGAAUAUGGACUUUGUGGACGCUCGAGUUCGGAGGGUGAUGUCGACCCUUCCAGGUCUGGUGGACCAGAAGGAGAUCACCGCAGCUCUCCGACAGUGCAACUACGACCACGAGGAGGUCAUCUCCGUCUACCUCGCCAUGUUUGGAGACAUCCUCCUGCAGGCUCCACCCAGUGGAGACCGCAACUAUGCUGACCUCAACUCCUUCAGAGCUCUACUGGAGAGAGACCGCGUCAUCGAGGAUCUGAGGCAGAAGCUCCAGACCAAAGAGAAGGAUGUGGACAACCUGUUCCAGAGGAACAGCUACCUGUCCAGGGAAGUCCACUACCUCAGCGACGUGGUCCAGCACCUCAACCAGAAGAUGGCUGAGCUGGAGACUGACAAGCAGGAGGCCCGUGAGAAGAUCAAAUCUCUCCUGAACCGCCCAGCUCCUGCUGUCCCACCUGCCCGAGCCAUCACCAAACCCACGUUGGACGCCGACCACCUCCGCCACGUGAGGCACCGGACGCGGGACCUUAAUGUCUCCAACAAAAAGCUGCGAUCUACAGUUCAGCAAGCGAUGGGUGACAUGAGGAACCAGCUGGAGCAAAUACAGGGGGUUCUGGGUAAUUUGGCCCAGGUGGAGAAGGAAAGGGCCGGGGGGGUGGAGGAGCUGCGCUCCCUGUACAGACGGGAGGCGGUGGAGAGGAAACGUCUUUACAACAAGCUGUUGGAACUCCAGGGGAACAUCAGGGUGUUCUGUAGAUGCAGGAAGAGCUCAGCUGUCAGCUCCUCUUUAGAGAAGACUGACGACCAGGAGGUGGCGAUGGUCUUGAAGGGCAGCAGGAAGAAGUUCCAGUUUGAUAAGGUGUUCCCUCAGAGCAGCACACAGGAGGAGGUCUUUGAAGGAACGCUGCCACUCAUACUGUCCUGUGUGGACGGAUAUAACGUCUGCAUCCUGGCCUACGGACAGACUGGCUCAGGGAAGACCUACACCAUGAUGGGCAACAAGGAGAACCCUGGAGUCAACAUCCGGUCCAUACGAGAACUGCUGCGGAUCUGUGACGGGAACCAGAAGAUCUCCUACACCCUGAAGAACGACCUGUUGGCCAAAAACACCAGUCCGCCUCUGGACAUUCGGGUCCAGGGGAAGUCGGUGACAGUUCCAGGACUGACUCGGAUCCAGGUCCAGACCCAGGCUGACAUUCUUGGUGUCAUGGAGACAGGAGAGAAGAAUCGGAAGAUAGCAUCGACCAAGAUGAACAUCCAGAGUUCUCGGUCCCACCUUGUGGUGGUGCUGGAGGUGGAGGGAUCAGAUGAGGUUUCUGGUCUUACGUCUCGUGGCACCUUGACCUUGUGUGACCUGGCAGGUUCUGAGAGACUCUCUAGGACUGAAGCAGAAGGCCAGAGGCUGGUGGAGGCGGCGGCCAUCAACAAAUCCCUGACGGCACUGGGACAGGUCUUCACUGCGUUGAAGACCAACGCCCUCCACGUCCCCUUCAGGAACUCCAAACUCACCCUCCUCCUGCAGCCCUGCCUCAGUGGAGACGCCAAGUGCUGCGUCUUCAUCAACGUCAGUCCAGAUGUGACCGAUGAACUGGAAACUAUCAGCACUCUCCAGUUCGGUUCCAGUAUCAGACAAGUGACUCUGGGUAGAACCCCGCAGAACAUUCUUCCUGCUAAACCCCACAAAGUCACUAAGUAACCAACGUGGAGCUGAAGCUCAUCA